UGGCGCUCUGUAGUCUCCUCUUUCUCUUCCGUAACACCAUUAAAAUCCACCGACCGCACUCUCCAUUUUCUUUCUCCUUUUCACCAUAGGAUUCCAUCUCCAGUUGCUUGGAGUUGAAGCUAAGGGAGAGGCGAACGAGAAGGGAUAAAGAGAAGGAGAAAUGGACUUGGACUUCUACCAGGAGCUUCUCCUGACCGCCUUCUUCUCCGUCCUCUUCGCUUUUCUCUUCGGCAAGAUUACUGGCGAUGGAUUUGGUGAUGGAGAACGCCCCGACGAUGCCCUCGCAUCGGCCGAUCUCUCUGAUUCCAGGGAGAAGCUGCCUGUACCAGAGGUGGAAGAGCUCGAAGAGGCCGUUAAUGGAUUCAAAAUAGGAAAGGAAGUUCUCGGAUCUGAGCGAGAGAUCACUUGCAUGAUGGGGGAUUCUGCAGAAAGAUCGGAUGAGGUGCGAGGCAGCGGAAAGGAGAUGAGGGCUGAUACGGUUGAGGUUGGAGAGGAGGAGGAGGAGAUUAAUGCUAAGAAAAUGGCUGAGGCGAUGGUUAUUGAGAGAGACGAUGCUGAGGACAUCAAGGAAGAAGAAGAGAAAGGGGAACUGAUAGAGGCCAAGUUGUGUUCAUCUGAAUUGAAAAUGUUCUGCGGAGGUGUGUCCGAGAUUGGCAGUCGGAGGGGAAAGGAGGUUAGCAUUGAGUUCAGGGGAGGAUCUCUACUUCACGGGGAGGACGAGUGGGAGAGGAUUGAUAAGAGUGAGCUGGAAAAGCUUUUUAGUAUGGCGGCAGAGUAUACUGUUAGCUCAUCUGGUGUGGAGGCACUGGCUCGUUUGAGCAGAGAUGUGCAAAUGAAUUUGUACGGAUUUUACAAGGUAGCGACGGAGGGGCCUUGCCAUGAGUCGCAGCCAUUGCCUCUGAACGUGUCUGGUCGGGCGAGAUGGCAUGCUUGGCAAAAACUAGGGAGCAUGACACCUGAGACAGCCAUGGAGCAGUACAUCAAUCUUCUUUCUAAAAGCAUUCCUGGAUGUAUUGUCGAAAGUUCUGGAGAGGAUGCCAAAUUUUAUAGAGCUGAUGAUCCCACAGGGAAAGAGAUAUUAAAUACAGUGCAUCAUGAUUUGUACUCAUUCUUGCAAAAUCAACUUAGUCCUGGAAUAGAAAGGAAAUUUGAAGGGCAUCAUGAUUUGGCUUCUCUUGAAGCUGAGAGUGCAACUGGAGGCUCUAAAUUCCUAGAGCAAGGUUGAUCUUAUUGCUGCAAACCGCCUCUCUAAUCUUUAGGUGUUCGAGUCUGUGGUGGUGGUGGCUAAGGGCUUGCAGGCACAUUCCUCCUCAACCUGCUGUUUCCAACCAGAGUGGAACUCUUCAGUUUAUACAGGGAACCAGACUCUCGCGACUGGUAUUUCCUAUCAUAUUAGGCCACCAGCUCUGAAGAUAUAUGCGUAUUGUAAAUGCUUUGCUUCCCCUGUGAUUGUUCAUACUUAAAAUCCUCUUUCACCAAUUAUUCUCUCACCGCAAUCUUCUAUUCUAUAUUUGUUUAAAGCACUUUGUCUCUGCCUUCGUCAUAUUUGGAUAUCAUUUGAAAACCAAAUUAUCUCAAACCAUCAAAAUCUGUAAUAGUAUUAAGGUUUGAUUUUCUUGCCUUGGCCAUGAGUGCAAUCACUGUUCUGAUAUUUGGAGUUUU